CUGGGAUUUGGUUAGCCGUGCUGUUGUGGCGCCGUGCUCUAGACAUUUUCCGGCUCCGCUGUGCGGCCUCCGUGGAGAAGCUGAGGUCCCCAAGCCGCUGCUACAGACGAGCUUCGAUCCCGCGCGGGGACGUCAGGAGAGCUGAGGGUGAAGAGUCUGCGGGGCUUGGGCAGGGACACCUGUGGAGCUCGGACCGCGGAGUCUCCUCUCCUCCCCGUCGUGCUUCCCCCCGAGAGGAAGGGAGAACCAGCCCAGCCAUGAACUAAGAGAGUUUUGGGACCUCCAUCUUUUGCAAGAGCACUGUUUCUCCUACAGUUUUGAUGAGGACUUCCUAAUCUCUAUCUUUUAAAAGACAUGAAUGGAGAGUACAGAGGCAGAGGAUUUGGACGGGGAAGAUUUCAAAGCUGGAAAAGAGGAAGAGGUGGUGGGAGCUUCUUAGGAAAAUGGAGAGAACUAAAGCACAGACCUGACCUGAAUAAAGCCACAGGAAAACAUCCUGAACAAACCCCACAGUCUUUGCUACUACAAUCAACGUUGGAUCAAUUCAUACCAUAUAAAGGCUGGAAGCUUUAUUUGUCAGAAGUUUACAGCGACAGCUCUCCUUUUAUUGAGAAGAUUCAAGCAUUUGAAAAUUUUUUUGCAAGGCGUAUCGAUUUAUACGAUAAGGAUGAAAUAGAAAGAAAGGGAAGUAUUUUGGUGGAUUUUAAAGAACUGACAAAAGAUGACGAAAUAGCUAAAUUGAUACCAAAUAUAGCAAAUGAAUUAAGGGAUACACCUGACAAAACCCUGGCUUGCAUGGGUCUGGCAAUACAUCAGGUGUUAACUAAGGAUCUUGAAAGGCAUGCAGCUGAGUUACAAGCCCAAGAAGGAUUGUCUAGAAAUGGGGAGACAAUGGUAAAUGUGCCACACAUUCAUACAAGGGUAUACAACUAUGAGCCCUUAACACAGCUCAAGAAUGUCCGAGCAAAUUACUAUGGAAAAUACAUUGCUCUGAGAGGGACAGUGGUUCGCGUCAGUAAUAUAAAGCCUCUCUGUACCAAGAUGGCUUUUCUUUGUGCUGCGUGUGGAGAAAUUCAGAGUUUUUCUCUUCCAGAUGGAAAAUAUAAUCUUCCCACAAAGUGUCCUGUGCCUGCAUGUCGAGGGAAGUCAUUUACUGCACUCCGAAGCUCUCCUCUCACAGUUACGAUGGACUGGCAGUCAAUCAAAAUCCAGGAGUCGAUGUCUGAUGAUCAGCGAGAAGCAGGUCGGAUUCCACGAACAAUAGAAUGUGAGCUUGUUCACGAUCUUGUGGAUAGCUGUGUCCCAGGAGACACAGUGACUAUCACUGGAGUUGUCAAAGUCUCAAAUGCUGAGGAAGGUUCUCGAAAUAAGAAUGACAAAUGCAUGUUCCUUUUGUACAUUGAAACAAAUUCUGUUAGCAACAGCAAAGGACAGAAAACUAAGCCUUCCGAGGAUGAGUAUAAGCAUGGAACAUUGAUGGAGUUCUCACUUAAGGACCUUUAUGCCAUCCAGGAGAUUCAAUCUGAAGAAAACCUGUUUAAACUCAUUGUCAACUCGCUUUGCCCUGUCAUUUUUGGUCAUGAACUUGUUAAAGCAGGUUUGGCGUUAGCACUCUUUGGAGGAAGCCAGAAAUAUGUAGAUGACAAAAACAGAAUUCCAAUUCGAGGAGACCCACAUGUCCUUGUUGUUGGAGACCCAGGCUUGGGAAAGAGUCAGAUGCUACAGGCAGUGUGCAGUGUUGCUCCACGUGGCGUGUAUGUUUGUGGUAAUACCACAACCACCUCUGGUUUGACUGUAACUCUUUCAAAAGAUAGUUCCUCUGGAGAUUUUGCUUUGGAAGCUGGUGCCCUGGUACUUGGUGAUCAAGGUAUCUGUGGAAUAGAUGAAUUUGAUAAGAUGGGGAAUCAACAUCAAGCCUUGUUAGAAGCCAUGGAACAGCAAUGUAUUAGUCUCGCUAAGGCUGGCGUAGUUUGCAGCCUUCCUGCAAGAACUUCCAUUAUUGCUGCUGCCAAUCCAGUAGGAGGACACUACAAUAAAGCUAAAACAGUUUCUGAGAAUUUAAAAAUGGGGAGUGCCCUACUAUCCAGAUUUGAUUUAGUCUUUAUCCUGUUAGACACCCCAAAUGAGGAUCAUGAUCAUUUACUCUCUGAACAUGUGAUUGCAAUAAGGGCUGGAAAGCAGAGAGCUGUUAGCAGUGCCACAGUAGCUCGUAUGAAUAGUCAAGAUUCAAAUACUUCUAUACUUGAAGUGGUUUCUGAUAAACCACUAUCAGAAAGACUAAAGGUGGUUCCUGGAGAAACAAUAGAUCCAAUUCCCCACCAGCUAUUGAGAAAGUACAUUGGUUAUGCUCGGCAGUAUGUCUCUCCAAGGCUAUCCACAGAAGCUACUCAAAUUCUUCAGGAUUUUUACCUUGAGCUCCGGAAACAGAGCCAGCGGUUAAAUAGCUCACCAAUCACUACUAGGCAGCUGGAAUCUUUGAUUCGUUUAACAGAGGCACGAGCAAGGUUGGAAUUGAGAGAGGAAGCAACCAAAGAAGAUGCUGAGGACAUAGUUGAAAUUAUGAAAUAUAGCAUGUUAGGAACUUACUCUGAUGAAUUUGGGAACCUAGAUUUUGAACGAUCCCAGCAUGGUUCUGGAAUGAGCAACAGGUCAACAGCAAAAAGAUUUAUUUCCGCUCUCAACAACAUUGCUGAAAGAACUUACAAUAAUUUAUUUCAAUUUCAUCAACUUCGGCAGAUUGCCAAAGAGCUAAACAUUCAGGUAGCUGAUUUUGAAAGUUUUAUUGGAUCACUAAAUGACCAAGGUUACCUCUUGAAAAAAGGCCCAAAGGUUUACCAGCUUCAAACUAUGUAAAAGAGCUACCAAGCCAGGCCCUCCUGGGUUUAUUAUGAAGAAUAUGCACCCAAAAAAAAAAAAAAAAAAAGUUAUCUGAAAAAUAACAUCCCAAAAGUAAUGCAAUAGGAAAAGAGUGUUGAACUAAUUUAAGAAGUGAUAAAGUCAUGUGUUAAUUUUUUACUUCUCCAAAAGGCUAAAAAUAAAUUGUUUAUAUUUUAUCUAAAUGA